AUGGCACUCACAAAGCUCAACUUCAUCACCGGAAACAAGAAUAAGCUCCUUGAGGUGCGGGCUAUUCUCGGCAAUGUCAUCGAGGUAGACAGCCAGGCCGUCGAGGUCCCAGAAAUUCAAGGAACAAUCGAAGAAAUCGCUAAAGAGAAGGCCAAACGUGCCGCCGAGGCGAUCAAUGGUCCGGCCUUGACUGAAGAUACCGCGCUUGAAUUUCGGGCGCUCAAGGGCCUCCCUGGGCCAUACAUUAAAUACUUCAUGGAAGCCCUCGGCCACGAAGGGUUGAACAAGAUGCUCGACGGAUUCGAAGACCGUACCGCCGAAGCAGUGUGCACGUUCGCUUUCUGCCGAGGCCCCGGCGAGGAGCCCAUCAUCUUCCAAGGAAGGACCGAGGCGAGCCCAACCAACUUCGGCUGGGACCCUAUCUUCGAGUAUGAUGGCAAGCAAACCUAUGCAGAGAUGGACAAAGAAGCCAAGGUAAGAGAGAACCCGUUUGUACGAAACAAGCCAUAUACUAAAGGCGCGCAGAACAAGAUCUCGCACCGGUACAAGGCGCUGGUGAAGUUGCAGCAGUGGCUCGCGGAAGGCCAGUAG